AUGGAUCCGCCUCCGCCUCCGGGCCCCGGCAGCGAGCCGAGGAGCCUGGCGCCUUCUGAAAGCCUGGAGGAGGGGAGUGGUUGUGGUGCUGGCGAAGAGGCACCGGAAGUUGCGGAGCACCCGGAGGAGCUCCUCGAGAAUGAUUUGUAUCUUUUGACCCGUGGAGCACCAUCCAAGGGCGCAGAUGUGUCCGUGGACAGCAUCUGGGCAGUGGACAUCCCCAAGCCUGCACGGGCCAAAGCGAAAAGUCGACUGGCUCCGCGACCAUCGCCGCGGACAGGCGCACGGAGGAGGCCUUUAGCUUCUGAGGAGGCUGCGGCUCCGCCUCUGGCACUGCCGCCCGUGCCGCACGUGCCGGGUGCAGAGGGCCGUGAGGCGGACCCGGCCAACCCGGGCCAGGUGUUGGGUGCCGAGGGCGCAGAGGCAGAGGACGACGCCGCAGGGGGCGAGGGCCAGGCGCCUUUUCACGAGGAGCCGAAGGAGGACCCAGCCGACGAGCUAGAGCGCCUGAGAAAGCGCAAGAAAUUCGAGUGCAAGCCUGUUGAAGCCCGCAAAGAAGGUGAGGAUGAAGACUGGGUCCAUUUCCCUUCCCUUGCAGCUGCCAGUCGAGAGACAGGCGUCCCCAACAGCGCCAUCAGCCACCUCUGCACUUCGCAGGGGGCGCACUCGGGUUGGCUGUUUCGCUGGCCGGGUGCACCCGAACUGCCAAAGCUAUCUGCAGCGUCGACCGGGCAGCCGGAGCUCCCGCUUCCCGAGCUGGAGGGCAUCCUGAAGCGACUCAGGGCCAUGGAAGCGGAGGAGCGCCGGACCGCCCUGGCGGCGAUGCCCGAGGCGACACGCCGGGAGCUGAUGACUCACCUGAAGCAGGAGGCGAGCUCCUCGCGGUUACGGCGACUCCUUGGCAACGUCCCGCAGCUCCUGGAGACGGCGGAAGGCCCCAAGCGCCAGGAGCUCCUCCAGUCGGUGAGAUCCUUCGAAGCCAUCCACACCCAGGUGCUCAUGGCCCCGGACAUGGCAUCGGUGGUCCAGAUCCUUCGAGACCUCACUCCGGAGCAGCGCCACGCCAUCGUGGAGGCGCUCCCCGAAGAGACGCAGGAGGCCCUGGAGAAGCAUCUCCGCGCCUCAAAGGCGGCCCAGGCGGCGCAGCAGGCGGUGAAGGCCUUCACUGCGCAGCCGGCUCCAGCGCAUGCGUUAGUGCAGACACUGUGCCGGCUACGGUGA